CUAAGCCUAAGGAAAAUGAAUGAAUAAAGGAAAGCUGCAAAUUGAAGAGCUUCUAAGAUACGUAUAUGUGAUAUAAGCUGAUGUGGAGGAGCAAAAAAAAUCAAAGUCUUUAUGUUGGUAAAUUUUAAAGUACCAAAACCUGAUAUUCAAGAAAAGGGUUAAAUUGGUGCCGUGACCCAUGGUGAACUUGGGAAAACAUCAGUCUUCUGCAUGGCCUCAAGAGGCACACUAACAACUUACAAUAACGGCUACAGUCUUUAGCAUCUUGUUAGCAUGGCCCAUUCAAUGCCUGUUUGGUAGUGUAAUAAAAACCAUAUAUAGUAGUUGUGUGAGUAAAUCUUCCUCUUUGGGCCUCAACAGGUGCAUGGUAGAAGCUGUGGUCUUUAGUGUCUAUCUUUCUAUGCCAUAAAUGCCAGUUCUGAUCCUGGUCUGAAUGGAAAAAGUACAGUAGACCUGGAGGUGAUAAAUUGGUGCGGUGACCCAGAAGGAAGUUUUUGUGUGAGUAAAUCUACCUCUCCUGUCCUCAAGAGGUGCACUGGCUAGUGAUGGUGAAAGCUGUGAGCUUUAUUGUCUACUUUUCUAUGCCAGAAAUGGCCGUUUUCAUCCUACUCUGAAUGGGAAAAAUACAGUAGACCUGGAUGGGGAUAAAUUGGUGCCAUGACCCUGAAGGAUUUGAAGUUUUCAUGUGAAUAAAACUACCUCUCUUGGCCUCAAGAGAAACACUUGCUACUGAUGGUAAAAGCUGUGGCCUUUAAUGUCUACCUUUCUAUGCCAGAAAUGGCCGUAUUUACCCCACUCUGAAUGGGAAACGCACAGUAGAGGUUAUAAAUUGGUGCCGUGACCCAAAAGGAUUUAAAGUUAAGGGGAUGAGUGUAAAGAGGCCAGUAAAAAUUUCGCCACACUAACUUGCUGUAAAGGCAACAGACUUUAGCAUGUUUGUUAGCAAGGCCCGUUAAAUGCCAGUUUGAUGGAGUGUAAUAGAGGCUAGGAAUAGGAGUUGUUUGAGUAAACCUCACCCUCAGAAAAUAGAAGCUGUUUGAAAAACAUCCCUCACCUGGCCUCAAGUGAUGCACUAGCUAUUGACGCCAUGCUAUUUCAAAUCUCGCUUGGUCCGAGGAAAGCAGAACCAGCCCCAGAAUGUGGGGAAUGAGAGUGAGGUAAGGGGUAAAAGUAAUGGAGGCCCGCAUGUUGCAGCUAUGUGAUGCAAGAGUCUUUACCAUCCUUGUAGGUGCACACACCCACAUGCCGCCAUACCGGAAAAGCUAAUCAGAAUCUCAUUUAGAGCGGGGCAAGCAAAAGCAGAAGGGUUACAUUGGUGUCAUGAAUGGUUGGAAUGAGGUUUAGGGUUAAGUUCAAUGAGGGCAACCAAAUAGGGGAGUAAACCUCACUCCCUUGGCCUCAAGAGGUGAACUAGUGACUGAUGGCAGAGGCUGCGGUCUUUCAAGUCUCCGUUAGUACGUCAUUCCCCCAAGUCAGAAUGGGCCAAGUAAAAGUAGAGGGGUUACACUAGCUUGUGUUUACAGCAUCAAGAGGCACAAUGCUGCAAGCUUCACCAAGGUUUGCUUGACCAUGCUAGUCUAUCUAUAACUGACAGGAAAUUAAAGAUAUGUGGUCUGUUUUGCAUUUAUUUAUCAACUGUACAAAUAUUACUUGAUGUCCAGUCUAUUUUCCAACACACUAAGUAUGAAUGCGUAUCAAGAUCUUCUUAAUAAAUAUGUGAAACUGUUUAACUUAUGUUGGCGAGUUCCUCAACAGAGUGCAUCCCAUCGGAGCCAACUCUGUCAUAAGACUAGCUCCUUGUUUUAACAGCUACAAAUUCAUAAUGAACUGCAACACAUUCCUCUACAGACACCAUCCAUGAUUGGUAUGUAUAACAGUUAGAUAUAUUUGUAAUACAUGCAUGCGUGAGAUGAGUUGAAAUUAAGGUGACAGUGGGGGUGAUUCGCCCCCCUCAUGCUUGUUCUGCUCUGGGAGAAUCAGGCAGGGGAAAGCUGAGGUGAUUCACACAUGAGUCAACGGCUAUCAGCUAUAUAAGUCCACGCACUCAUGGAGCCCGGCAUCAUACAGUCCUCACAUCUCAAAGGUAUUGCUGAACUAUUGCAAAGAGUAUACAGGAAGUAUGCGUUUUCCAGCUCUCCGCUCAACCUGUAUUUUGAGCAUGCUCAGUUUGAUUCAUUGCAUUCCCGUUCAUCAGCAUGACCGGAAAAAUGUCAAACUGCAGGCAAAGACCAUCAUCGUCAGAAUCAGGGAACACAUUGACGGGCAAAAUUUACUUCCAACGCUCAUCAUUGGGGAUCCAGGACAUUAUCCAGAGAUUCCCGCUGACAAACCCAUCCAAGGGCUCGGCUCCAUCAUGGAAACCAUUAAUACCUUCCACAAGGUUCUUCAGAAGCUUCCAAAUAAGCAUGUUGACCAGAUACGCCGAGAUCUAUCCACACUUCUGGGUUACCUGGAAGGCAUGGACUGCACACUGAAGGAAUCAACAAAUGGGAAAGCGCUGGACGCUUUUCUAGAGGACAGUGCUUCAUAUCCCUUUACUUUAGAGUACAUGACUUUAAACAGACUGAAACAGUUUAUGCAAAAGCUGAUCGAUAAUCUGGACCAGCUGAAAAUCUGCUGAUUAGCAGUUAUAGUAU